GCCGCUGCCCCCGCAAAUCAAUCGAGCGCGGCAAAGGAGGAGCCGCGAUCAAGCAAACGGAACCUAGCACGGCAGGACGCAGGGGAUAACAGAGAGGGGGGCCGCGCGGGAGGGAAGGGGAGGGCGGGAUGGAGUUCCUGGAGCCCAAGGACAUCGACUGGAGCAGGGUGGUGUCGCAGUACGUGCGCGACGAGACCUACGAGGGCAUCGAGGCCCCGCACUGGGCCGACCUCUCCGACCCCAACGCCGGCCGCGCCGCCGUCGACGACGAGGCCUGGUUUUGCCGCCCCGAUUGCCAGCAUCCGAAGACGGCCGAGGAUUUCUUCAAGCUGAGCCCCAGCCCCAAGGGCAAGCUGCUGCGAUCGGUUUCCGCCAUGCUGCCGUUCGCCGAAAGGGACGCCAACGCCACCAACCUCAGGGACGGCAGUAGCAACCUCAAGUGGCGGGGUGGCGGCGCCGUUGCUGCCUCCACGCCGCCGAAGCCAAAGGCAGCGCCCAAGAAGAGGUUCCAGGAGGAUAGCGAGAACCAUGACCCUGCGCUGGCCACGCCGCCCCCACGGCAGGCGCCAAGUAGGCCGCCGUUCGGCGCCCCUCGGUGGAACAAGAAUGCCAAGGAGGCCAUCAAGUCCAGUGCGGAGAAGCGGCCGGACAAUGCUGAGAAGGAGGCGCUGCUCAAUAAGCACGUCCCGCCGAGGCAGCUCAAGAGCACCCUCUCAGCGAGGAACCUCUUCUCUGGAAAGGAUAUACUUGGCCAGAUUUCGGAGUUCUACGAUGAGCUGAAGCGGAUGGUUGGUGGUGGCGUCGGCCGGCCUGUCACAGACACACAGGAGGAGCACAGCUCAGACCCAGUGAAUCCGAGCUAUUUGAUGGAGAAGGUGGCUCCUGAUGAGACAGUGAAGGAGGAGGCGAGACAAGAAACGGCGAAAAAGAGUCCAAGCCCAAUGAAGGGAAAGAAAGUGGGGCUGAAGGUGGAAGCAGGGAAGCAAAGGUCUCCCUCUGUGCUGAAGGAGGUGAGGGCAACGCCGCCGACUCCACAGCGGUUUCUAUCCCCAUCGCCAAACCGCAUUAAGAAUGUUAAACCUGGAGGGAUGUCCACAGCAGGCUCGCCACUCAAAAAGGCACCAAAGGAGAAGGGGACACCUAGUAAGGACCUGGAGAGCAAAAAAGAUGCUGUGAGGCAACCCUUUGGUGUUAAGGAUAUGAACAAUACAAGAGCAGCGUGUGAUGCAGAAGGGAGCUCCAGCAGCAUGUUUUGGUUCUUGAAGCCCUGCACUUUCCUUGUGGAGUAGCGUCAUAACACUACAAUUUUUUAACGAGCAACACUUGAUAUAGUUAGAAUCCAUUACUUCAUUCAUUUCCAAAUAUUCUCUGUUCCUAUUUGAUUGAUUCAUUUCAUGGGUACUCUAUACGGGAAGUAAACAAAAAGAAUCAUGUAUAGUCAUACAGGUUGAAAGUCUUCUCCAUAUGUAUAAUUCGAGAUAUAGCAAAACGUGGUUCUGCUGCUUUGUCGUUUGUUCAAAUAAACUGCAUUUUUU